AUGGCAGCGGAUUUUCGAUCACAGAUGUCCCUAGGACUCUGGUUUCUUUUGAUUCUUGCCUCCUCAUUUGCAGAGGCCUUUUAUAUACCAGGCUGGUCCAUUAGGAGUUAUAAGGACAAUGAAGCAAUACCUCUUCUUGUAAACAAGGUCUACUCCGACAAUACACAACUACAGUAUGCGUACUACGAUCUCCCAUUUGUGUGCCCACCCACCGGGGUCCGCCAUGCCGGGUCAUCGCUCUUAAGUGGACAAACCAUCUCGCUGAACCUCGGAGAAGUCCUUCGAGGGGACCGAAUCGCACAAUCCGAUAUUGAGCUUGUGAUGGGAAAGGACCAGGAAUGUAGCUUUCUCUGCACAAAAACGGUCGAGAGAGAGGAUAUAAAGCGCGCCCGAGAGAUGGUUCAAGAGGGAUACGUGGUGGAAUGGAUCGUGGAUAAUCUGCCUGGAGCGACCCGCUUUGUCACCGUGGAUAAGUCGAAGAAGUACUAUGCAGCCGGGUUCAAGAUGGGUUACAAGGAAAUUGCACCGAGCUCUGGGAAAAUGAGGCACUACAUCAACAACCAUCUUACAAUCGUUAUUCGUUACCGGAAAGCUCCUGGGAAAGCUGGGGCACGGGGCGGAAAGGUCGUGGUUGCGUUCGAGGUCUACACAAAGAGCAUUGGCCCUCAGGCGAGAAAGGAAUCUGGAUGUCCAGCUGACAUAAGUGAGGCGGACUCGCCGAUGGAAUUAUACCUUCCUUCCAACUCAACAGAUACCGAUUUCUCCCUUCAAUACCCAUAUUCAUCAUACCACCCUCCCGAAAGCGAAAUCGAUAUUGAAGAUGGCGCAACGCUUGACAUCCCUUACUCGUAUUCGGUUUACUGGCGCGAGGACAAUAAUAUUGAAUGGGCACAUCGAUGGGAUCUAUACUUUGUGAAUCAGGAAGAAGGAUCCAGGAUCCAUUGGCUGGCAAUCAUCAACUCGCUCAUCAUUUCCGGGUCAUUGAGCGCGAUUGUUGCGAUGAUUCUGACGAGGACCAUUCGAGGAGAUAUCAAGACCUACAAAGAUGCAGCGUUGGAGGAUGGCAAGCUCAAGUCGAAGAGGAAGUCCAGGCCAGGAAGCGGUGCGAGGACACCCAAGGGCGAGAAGCCAGGUGCCGGUCUGCUCGAUCAAGUGGGAGAUACUGAAAACGAUGCCGAUGUAUCAUCUGACGAGGAAGCAUUGGAAGAUGUCACAGGCUGGAAACUGCUUCAUGGAGAUGUCUUCCGCACUCCUACAUAUGGUCGGAUUCUCGCCCCUUUGGUUGGAUCGGGAAUGCAACUACUCUUCAUGGCAGUUGGCCUACUCAUCUUGAGUAGCUUAGGCAUCCUAAACCCCAGCUUCAGGGGUGGAUUUGUUAGUGUCGGUAUCGGACUCUUCGUAUUUGCAGGUGUCUUCUCGGGGUACUUCUCAGGACGAGUGUACAAGACAUUUGGAGGAACAAAUUGGCGGAAGAACCUCCUCAUAACCGCCAUUCUUUUCCCUGGCCUUCUCUUUGCGUUGGUCUUUAUCCUAAAUCUCUUCGUCUGGGCCCAGGCCUCGUCAACCGCCUUACCAUUCGGAACCCUUGUCGGAAUCGUCCUUCUCUGGCUAUGCAUCCAGCUUCCCCUGGUCUAUGUCGGCUCGUGGUAUGGGUAUACCCGCACUGGCGCAUGGGAGCAUCCUACGAAGACAACCUCCAUCCCGCGUCAACUGCCCAUUCAGCCGUGGUAUAUCCGGUCACCGAGUUCAAUUCUGCUCGCUGGACUAAUCCCCUUCGCGGUGAUUUUCAUCGAGCUCCUCUUCGUAUUCCAAUCCCUCUGGCAAGAGAAGAGCGGAUACUACUACGUUUUCGGAUUCCUGUCCGUCGUCUCUAUAAUUUUAAUUCUCACGAUCGCCGAGGUCACUAUCGUCACUAUAUACAUCAAGCUCUGUAGUGAGGACUACAAUUGGUGGUGGCACUCUUUCUUCGUGGGCGGUGGCAGUGCCAUCUGGGUCUUCCUGUAUUGUAUCUGGUACUACCUGACGAAGCUUCAUAUCCAUGGCUUUAUCAGUAGUCUGCUGUUCUUCAGCUAUAGCUUUAUAGCGUGCGUGGUCUAUGGGUUGCUUUGCGGGACCGUUGGGUUCUUGACGGCGUAUGCGUUUGUUAGGAGGAUAUAUGGUGCGAUUAAGGCUGAUUAG